GGCAGAGUCAGAAAUCCCAAUCUCAGUAACACAGAAGCAGCACGAAACAGUUGACUACCGCCUUGACUUGAUUUCUCCGUGUGGACAAACCCAACAGCAGCACAAUGCGGCUCAUCUGCUGCUGCGUUGCUUUGCUGCUGCUCAUGUUCAUACCCAAUCCGUGUCAAGGAGGCAACAUCUUGGUCUUUCCUGCUGAGGGCAGCCACUGGAUAAACAUGGAUAUUCUAAUCCAAGCUUUGCACUCCAAAGGACACAAUAUAACCAUCGUGCGUUCCAGUAAAAGCUGGUACAUCAAGGAUAAGUCUUCUUAUUACAAUACCUUCACAGUUCAAGUUGAGAGGAGCUUAGAUCAAACAUUUAUUUCAAAACUGGUAUCUGACGUCCUAAAAUUUGAAAGGGGGGCGCUUCCUUUGACGAGUUUUCUCCACACGAGUGUAGGAAUGAUUGGCACAUUUGUUGACGCUCACAAAUUGGUGGGUGAAUAUGUAUCUGCAAUGUUAGAUGAUCAAGAAUUGAUGAGAAACAUGAAGGAUAGCAAGUUUGAUCUUGUACUCACUGACCCCUGCUGGGGUGGUGGAGUCAUAUUAGCCAAAUAUUUGAACCUUCCUUUGGUUUAUAAUGUUCGCUGGCUAAUAGCUGGAGAAGGUCAUUUUUCUAUUGCUCCUUCACCUCUGUCAUAUAUUCCUAUUACAGGAUCUGGUUACACUGAUAAGAUGAUGUUUUUGGAGAGAGUUAAAAACAUGGUUAUGUAUCUAAUAACCCAAAUGCGACAUACUAUAGUGAUUAAGCAGGUAUACCAGAAAAUGUGUGACAAAUAUCUUGGGCCAGAUAAUGACUAUCAUCAGUUAAAUAUUGACGCGGAUCUGUGGCUCAUGAGAGUGGAUUUUGUAUUUGAAUAUCCUCGUCCCACCAUGCCUAAUAUUAUCUAUAUGGGAGGGUUCCAGUGUAAACCUGCAAAACAUCUGCCUCAACACCUGGAGGAGUUUGUCCAGAGUUCAGGGGAACAUGGAGUCAUCAUAAUGUCUCUGGGGACUUUUGUAAAUGAUCUUCCUGCGGACCUAGCAAACAACAUAGCUGCAGCUUUUGCCACAUUACCUCAGAAAGUUAUCUGGAGUUAUAAAGGUGACAGACCAGCUGCUCUGGGCAACAACACUAUAGUAGUUGACUGGAUGCCACAGAAUGACCUUUUAGGACAUCCCAAAACUAAACUUUUUGUGGCUCAUGGAGGAACAAAUGGUGUUCAAGAAGCAAUUUAUCAUGGAGUGCCAGUUGUGGGCAUACCACUGUUGUUUGACCAAUAUGACAACCUGCUGCGUCUGAAAGACAGGGGAGCAGCUAAGAUUCUAUCCAUUAGCACAGUGGACAAAGACAACAACUUCCUGAAUGCCAUACAGGAAGUACUGAAUGAGCCCUCCUACAGGAUUAACAUGCAGAGACUCUCCAGGCUGCACAGAGAUCAGCCAAUGAAGCCACUCGAUACUGCCAUCUUUUGGAUAGAGUUUGUCAUGAGACACAAAGGAGCAGCUCACUUGAAAGCACAGUCCUACAGACUGCCCUGGUAUUCCUACCACUCUGUAGAUGUGUUUUUGUUCAUGGCUGUAGCUAUGCUUCUUGUUCUUUCAACAAUUUUUAUCUUGAUUAGGUGUCUAUACACUGCAAUGUGCAAACAAAAAGUGAAAAGCGAGUAAUCAU